AUGAUACAAGUCAGCCCAGCAGGACAACAGUUUCGGCGUACGUUGGGUCCGAACUGGGCCGCGGGCCUCGACUCACUACAGAAUUUGAGCCCAGUUCCCAGUCCACAAAACUCUGUGGACCCGACAAAGUUCGAGGCCUUCAUUUCGAUGCGCAUUCAGAAGAUCACUGAGGACUGGGUCAAACUGCAGAAAGACGUUGGAUGCAGAGCAUCCUUUCGGAAAAGAUGGCGUCAGUUGACACGAGAAGCCCGAAAAGACUGGCUGCAGAUGCGUUCUAUUCCUAGGGAUCCCCAUUCUCAUGUUUAUGCCUGGGCCCAAGGCCUGGAAUCAGGCGACCAGGCUAUUUCAAGGUCGUCCUUUAUGUCUUCCUUGCUAAAUAUCGAAGACUUAUCUGAUGGCAGUGUCCUCCCCGACUUUCUAGAUGCUCGUGCGAACACGCACCCACGGCUGUUCCGCUAUACUGACAGCCUCUCUGUGCUGUCUGGAGUUUAUACUGGAUAUUUGUCGCUGAAAUGCGUCCCGGGAAUGAUAGUUACGUUCGCUCCUGAAAUCACCGGUGUAGAAGAAUACGGUAUCUCACUCGAGCGUGGUGUGGCUAUAGAUGGAGAGGCUUACCCGUUAACCUUAAACGAGGAGACCCCCGGUAUGAGUCUUUUGCAGCUCGAGGCCCAACAGCGUGUCUACAGAUUCCUGGCAGACUGCUUAUUAGUUGGGCUGAAUGAUCCUUCAUCGGAAUCUGGCAACGAAUCAUUGCCUUGUAUUACUGGCGACGAAGAAUGCCCUUCUCUCCUGCCACGCGCCGUGCGGUUAGACUACUACGGGCGGCCAGGGACUAUUGAUUUAAAGUACUUGGGGAAUCUCGUGAACGCCUCGCUAGACGAAGCGCGCGAGGAUUUAUGGCAGCUGCGUCAGGACUGUGGAGUGUGGAUGAAUCGCCUGGACGAGACCCCAGGAAGAAUGCCGGGCCGCACUUCAAACCAUUUGCGCGUGGUAUUCGGCCGGAUCGACUCAUUCCAUACCCUCAGCCGCCAUUUGUUACUUUUGGAGAAGUAUAACUUUUUUGCGGACCAGAAUCACGAGUUAGAUAUUUCAGGACUUUCCAAAGACAGCGAAGCUCGAGGAUUGCUGAUAUCAUUGCAUGUGGCGCUCGUGUCUGUCCUCGAAGAGCAGCUCUGCUGGUUAGAAAGCGUGCCAUGGCCAAAGGGCACAGGUAAUCUUUCAGUGCUCCUUCAACUGUUGGAAUUGCUAAGAACAAACAAUCCGGCUCUACGCAUAUUGGAUAUGGCCGCAGUUAUGAGAGUAACUGAUCGGGAAAUUGCCAAAGUCGAUUUCGGGGACUCAGACACAUUUUUGAUGAUGCAGGCGCUAAAUGAUGUGUCCGUGCUAGUCUGUUGUUUGAAAGAGUCAUCUAAGCAUUCCGUUCUUUUCUCUUUUCUAGGUGAACACAUUCAUUUGGUGAACGACCUAGAGAAUAAAUGGGAGAAGCAGAAUCGUCCGUGGAGGUCAGUUAUGGAGAAGACUCUCGCUGCGUUAGGCGAAACAGAACGCCAUAAACUUGACAGGCACAUCCGCAAUCAAAGUAUCGACGCCAAGUCCCGACAUCUUGAUUUCUGGCAAGUUAUAAACCGGUACAUGGUCGCCUCAUCUCAAGGAAACAUAGCCAACGAGGAAGUAGUCUACGAGAUUCAGCAAGCAGCCCCGGUUGACAUGACGCGACCGGUACUGAACCAUGCACAUGCAGGUUGGGUGGGUCAGGCGAAUGAUGAAUCUGGAAUUACGGUCACUAAGUUAAGGCGAUCAAAGACUCGUCGGGACAUCCAGAGCAAGCCUCUUGUCCUAAACCCUGAGCAAAUAGCAAAGGCACGGCCACUCCCAGUAAUCACUCCCGUAAGAGAUAUAUGGUUCUGGAGCGCAUUAUCAGCUCCUUGCUCCGAAAAUAAAUCGGAGCUGUCAUGGUCAGAUUUCGAGACAGCCAUGGUCAAUAUUGGUUACAAAAUACACCGCCAUGGUGGCUCAGGACGGAGAUUUGAGUACGGAAAGGAAGACGCGAGCAGUUGCGCGAGCAAUGGCACUCCUGGGACUAUUGUAUUUCACGAACCACAUGCUAAACGUGGAAAGGUAUCGCACCAUCUUGCCAAGUCAUGGUGGCUCGGAAGACUGCAGAGAAGAUUCGAAUUAAAGUUGUGA